CAAACGGCAGAAGAAAAAUCAUUCCUGGCCGUUGAUCAGGGUUAUUAGGACAGCGGUUAUUACGCCGAAAGUCCAACCUCUCCUGAUCCGACGGUCCGGAAACGCAGACACAGAGAUAGAGAGAGAGAGAGAAGAAAGGGAGCCAGCGACAGGGAGAGAGAGAAGAAAGAAAAGAAAGAGAAGAGAAAUGAGAAAGAGGAGAGAGAGAGAUUUGGAUGUUUGAUUUGUCCAUCAAAUUUCCCAGAACACCAUCUCUGACGACUCACGCGUCUUUCUUCGUCUCCGCUUCUGAUCCCCACGACGUCGUUUCGGGGUCCCUUUCGUGAUCGUCAAUUUGUAACCGAAGGCUUUGUGUGUGUUUUUUUCGCCGGGUGGUUCUUCCGUCUUCGCGCGCUUGAGAUUGAGAGGGAAAAGAGGCGGAAUUGGACGCCGGCGCAUCGGAAUUAGAGUUUUGAAGACUUGAUUUGGGGGUUUCUAUGGGUCUGGGCAGCGAUGAAGAGGUGGUUGUUGAAGAAAGCGAUGGCGUCGGUGGCGAUGGUGGUGGUGGUUGUGGAGGCAAGUCGUACGGUGGCUCUGUGUCCUGCUCGAUUUGCCUUGAAGUCGUCGCCGAUAAUGGGGAUAGAUCUUGGGCCAAGCUGCAAUGUGGGCAUGAAUUUCAUCUAGAUUGCAUUGGUUCGGCGUUUAAUAUAAAGGGCGCAAUGCAAUGCCCUAAUUGUCGGAAGAUUGAGAAAGGUCAAUGGCUUUAUGCUAAUGGCUGCCGUUCAUUUCCAGAUUUUAGCAUGGAUGACUGGAACCAUGAUGAAGAUCUGUAUGAUCUAAGUUAUUCCGAAAUGUCCUUUGGUGUUCACUGGUGUCCAUUUGGUAGCUUAGCAAGACUUCCUUCAUCAUUUGAGGAAGGAGAGUUCUCACCAACUUCAUAUCAUGAUUUACUUGGACAGCAUGCCAUCUUUGCUGAGCAUACAGCUGUAUCAUCUGCUGCUCAUCCUUGCCCAUAUAUUGCUUACUUUGGACCAAUCCACCCCUCAUCCUCUAAUUCAAGUGGAAGUGUUUCAGAAGCUUCCAACUUUAACCACCAUUGGACUGGCACAUCUGUACCUAGUGAACUGCCAAGCUCCUAUGCUUUUCCUGCCAUGGAUCUUCAUUACCACAGUUGGGAGCACCAUUCCCCUCCAUUCUCUACAACCAGCAGUCAUAUUGGUGGGGUUGACCAAACUUCAAUCCCAUCUGUGACUCAAAGAUCUGCUAGGUCGAGUUCGGAGAUACCAAGAUCAGGAUCUUUCAUGCAUCCCUUUCUUGUUGGUCACAGUUCUAGUGCUAGAGCCGGCAGCUCAGUCACAUCUUCAAUGAUUCCUCCUUAUCCAGGCAGCAAUGCUCGGGCUCGCGACAGAGUCCAAGCUCUUCAGGCAUACUACCAACAGCAACAACCUAGCAAUUCACCAACCAUGCGCACACCCAUGAUUUCAGGAGCCCGAAGAUCAAGCAGUCAAAGAGGUUUGCCUCAAGUAGGGCCAGUGGCUUCAUCAUCAGAUCAAAAUGGUGGUUUCUAUUUUUACCCUUCUGGUUCAUCAGGCCGUAACUACCAAGAGGCUGAAAAUCCUUUAUCUACUCGUUUUCAUGCGUGGGAAAGAGAUCACCUGCCUUCAUUCUCGAUGAAUCAGGUUGACCGUGAUCCUGGUUGGGCUGCUCUUCACCAGGGUGGUAGUGGAUCAGAGUCGGCAAUCAGGGGAAACAGCUUACGGCGGCAUGCAUCUGAGAGGACAUCUUCACAAAAUCGGUCAUAGGCUUUUCUCCUUAUCCUUGUCGGUGAAGUAAACUACCACUACUAUAACUGAAAUCCUAAAUUAUGUAUGCUUGAGAAAUGAUAUAUAAUGCUCGGGGUCUGUCAUGACCAGACAGGCUCCAAGUUACUGUGGUGGCCCUGAAAAUGUUGUCUAUAGCCACUUGGUGGUGUGAUGGACUUGAGUUUCCUCUAGUUUCUUCGCCUUGAGGAUGUGAAAUAAGAUGGUGUUAAUGGCAAAUGUAGGAUUUGAGCGCAUACUCCGCCAUAUUAUCAACGGUGAUCCUGUCAUCUUGAUUUGACAAAAACCAACUAUUCUUCAGGCUGAGUUAUCAGUGGAUCAUUAUUUGUGCCAAAAACAUAUUUGAACAAUUGGUAAGGAAAUGAAAUCUUUACCAAUAUUUCCAACACAAGCAGUGCUUGGAACUUGUGCUGCACGUUAGUGAAACUGGUAUGACAAUAAUCCAGCUUUCAAAUUUUUAUGGCCGAUUAUGCCAUCGUAGUUAAUUAUAAGUGAGCUUCGUAA